GCCAAGCCCGCCCGCCUCACACCCCGGGCGGCUCCGGCGCGGUGCGCUCCCCGCUCAGUGCCCUGCCCGCCGCCCGGCAGGAGGAUGGCGCGGCCGGCCGAGCGCGACAGGCUGUUCCGGGCGCCGCCGAGCCUGGCGCUGGAGGCCCACGUGCCCAGCCUGGCCGCCUACCGGGAGCGCUACCGCCGCUCGGUGGAGGAGCCGCACGAAUUUUGGGAUGACAUUGCUAAGGAAUUUUACUGGAGGAGCCAACACUCUGGACCCUUUCUGAAGUACAACUUCGAUGUGACAAAAGGGAAAAUCUUUAUUGAAUGGAUGAAAGGGGCUACAACCAACAUCUGCUACAACCUGUUGGAUAGAAAUGUCAAUGAAAAGAAACUUGGGGACAAAAUUGCUUUUUACUGGGAAGGGAAUGAACCCGGGGAUUCUAUGAAGAUCUCAUACAGCGAGUUGUUGCACAAGGUCUGCCAAUUUGCCAAUGUUCUCCGGGAACAAGGCAUAAAGAAAGGAGACAGAGUUUCUAUCUACAUGCCAAUGAUGAUUGAGCUGGUUGUUGCCAUGCUUGCCUGUGCCAGGAUUGGAGCGCUUCACUCCAUUGUGUUUGCAGGUUUCUCAGCAGACUCCCUUUGCGAACGGAUUCUCGAUUCCAAUUGUUCUCUCCUCAUUACAGCAGAUGCCUUUUAUAGAGGUGAUAAGCUGAUUAACCUGAAGCAGAUUGCAGACGAGGCCCUGCAGAAAUGUGAAGACAAAGAGUCCCCUCUGAGAAACUGCAUUGUGGUCAAGCACUUGGGAAGGGAGGAAGUGGUGUCAGAUGGGAUAUGUAGCAAGUCGCCACCUCUGAAGAGGCUGUGCCAGGAUGUACAGGAAAAAGAGACUGAGAGCUCAAAGAGAUUCCAUCCCAAGGAUGGUUAUGUAAACCGCCAUAACGGAGUCAUGCAGGACUUGUGUUGCCCUGUGGGAGCAGACUGGACAGGACAGCACAGUACUCCAUGGAAUUCCCAAGUCGACCUUUGGUGGCAUGAGCUUAUGAAGAAUGCCAGCAAGGAGUGUGAGCCUGAGUGGUGCGAUGCUGAAGAUGAGCUGUUCAUUCUUUAUACCAGUGGAUCAACUGGGAAACCCAAGGGCGUCGUGCAUACGGUGGGUGGAUAUAUGAUUUUUACUGCUGCUACCUUUAAGUAUGUGUUUGAUCAUCAUCCUGAGGACAUUUACUGGUGCACGGCUGACAUUGGCUGGAUAACUGGCCACUCCUACCUCACUUAUGGACCUCUGGCAAAUGGGGCAACCUGUGUAUUGUUUGAAGGUCUGCCCAUUUAUCCAGACGUCGGCCGCAUGUGGAGCAUCAUUGACAAGUACCAGGUGACCAAGUUUUACACUGCACCCACAGCCAUCCGGCUGCUCAUGAAGUACGGCGAUGAGCCCGUCAAAAAGUACAGCAGGAAAUCCUUGAAAGUGCUGGGGACGGUUGGGGAGCCCAUCAAUCCCGAAGCCUGGCUGUGGUACUAUCAGGUGGUUGGAGAAGAGAGGUGUCCCAUCGUGGAUACCUUCUGGCAGACAGAGACUGGUGGCCAUGUGCUGACGCCGCUCCCUGCUGCCACCCCCAUGAAGCCGGGCUCCGCAACGUUUCCGUUCUUUGGUGUCGUUCCUGCUAUCCUGGAUGAAUCUGGGGAGGAGCUGGAGGGAGAAGCAGAAGGCUACCUGGUAUUUAAGCAGCCCUGGCCUGGAAUAAUGCGCACAGUGUACAGGAACCACCAGCGAUUUGAGACCACCUACUUCAAGAAGUUCCCAGGGUACUACGUGACAGGAGAUGGCUGCAAGAGAGAUAAGGACGGCUAUUACUGGAUCACGGGGCGCAUCGAUGAUAUGCUCAACGUCUCUGGCCACCUGCUGAGCACCGCGGAGGUGGAGUCUGCCCUGGUUGAGCACUUCUCCGUUUCUGAGGCUGCGGUGGUGAGUCACCCCCACCCAGUGAAAGGCGAGUGCCUCUACUGCUUUGUGACCUUGAGGGACGGCCACAAAUUCACCCCGGCCCUUAUGGACGAGCUGAGAAAACAAGUCAGAGAAAAAAUUGGACCGAUAGCAACCCCUGAUUACAUCCAGCAUGCACCUGGUCUGCCCAAGACCCGCUCAGGUAAAAUUAUGAGGCGCAUAUUAAGGAAGAUUGCAAAGAAUGACCGAGAGCUGGGAGAUACCUCAACGGUGGCAGAUCCAGCUGUUAUAAACCACCUGUUUAGCAACAGGUGUGCCACUGUGCUGUAGCAGAACCGCGUGCCAUCCUUCAGACUAGAGAUGCCGAAGCACCGAGUCCUAGUAAAGCAGGGGCCGUCCAGAAAAGUAUUGUAUUCACUAUGGGAGAGAAGCCAUUACCUGUCAAGUUGAAUGUGAAACGCCAUUAAUGAAGAGAAGAUGGGCUCUCCAGCUAGUCCACUAGCUGUCUGUGCCUCUGGAGAGGAUGUACAUUAUGUUGUCGAUUGAUACUGCGUAUCUGAAAUUCCAGCCUCGGUCACUCAUUGCAGAAUGACUUGCAUCAUUUUCUUUUCCCUCAUUUUAUUUGUGUUUUUUAAAUUGACUUUGUGUAAUGGGCGGGGCAUGGCAUCCUGCCCAGAGUAAGGAUUGAUAGUUUGAUGACAAAUGGUGUUUUGCUCCCAAACAGUAGUUAUGUGCCUUGGGCUCCAACAGAUUCCCUGCAACAAUCUCUCUAAGUUAAUGCAGAAUGAUUGGAAUUGUUCUCAAUAAACCAGAGUGUAGUGGGAUUCGUCUGCCACUAUCCACAUUGCAAAUAAGCUGCUUCUUCUGUUUCCGUCUGUUGGAAGCUAAGGGGAGUUUUAGAAAAAGGAUCUGCAACUCUGUAGCUGUGCAAGCUAUUUUUAAUUUUCUUUCCACCAAAUCUGUUUAGUCUGAGCUCUGUGUUAGCUGAGAUCUCCGGGGCUCGGCAAGGGAGUUGUGUGUGGCUGGGGGCUUUGGGGAUUAGUGACGUUUUAUAUAACUCCUUUGGUACCAAUAUUUUUUGUUAUGUUAACUGCUUGGCACCAGGAGUUGGAUUGUCCCAGCACUGGGUUCUCCAUGAGCAGUGGAUAUAUUAGGGAACCACAGUCAGGAAGGGGUGAGUUCAGUGCCGGAACGUGCCAUACUGGCCGUGCUCCAUAGUGUACUAUUGCUAUCCAAUUGCUGGUGUCAGCAGAUCACACUGGUGCCAGUUAAUCUCAGUAGGAAUAGCUCAUCCAGGUGCCUUUUGUGGGGGGAGUGGGUGCUACACAUAUCAAAGGAAAGGUGAUUGAGAACUAUGCAGAGGUGUCUUCCCCAUUGCCAGGCAAACAGGACCUGUAUCCAGAGGUGCCCUGUCUCACAGUACGUAGAAAGGGGCAGGCAGGGCCUUACUAUUCUAACAAGGUGCUUCCUCAUCCAAAAAACGGAGUGAAAGGUGUUUAAAUCAAGUUUACGCUUUAAAUCGGAAGUGCUACCUCAUGGUGGGAAAACCCUUGCACGGACUCGGGACCGACAGCCUGAACAUACCUGAUAAUGAAGGCUACGGAUGGUGACAGGGUUUCUGCUACGGGUCAGUUUCCAAGCUGCUUAACUCCAGCCUUGCCUUGGGGCUGCUCUGGGGAGACACUGCCUUUGUGAUGUGUUUGUGUUAGAAAUGGCUUCCAGGCUCAUUUGAUAAUUUACACAUUAACAUACGGGGAAAGUAGGUUUCCAAAUUUGCAACCCUGGCUGUUUCGUGGCUACCCAAAAUACUGGCAUUGUCCAUACAACUAUUUGGCACUUGAAUUGGCCAAAACAAACUCAAAGCUCUGUUCCAAAAGCCAAGUUCUAAUGGAUAACAUUAGGGUCACCCUGAUUUGUCUCAUUGAUAAAUGUCGCUCACUUCUGCUGUUCUUAUGCUACAUGCACGUGUCUGUGAUCUGUAACCUCCGUGUAUACGUCUGACCUGUGUACUCUGCAGCAAUGGGGCUGUGCCAUUGGCCUGCUAGCUUCAAAACCAUAUUGUCCUCUUUUAUCUUGGUCUGUGUAAUUUCGGUUGGAAAAACAGCUAGACUCCUGUUCUAGUUGGAAUAAAAAUCUAAGAAAUAAAAAUGAAACACA